AAGGGCGAGGCUGAGCUUUCACAGCCCCUGAACACCCAGGAAAGUGAAACCAAUCCCACCCCCUCCCAGGCUCUGGGAAAAACAUUUGUCAACGCAAAUCUUUGAUGAGAGAAGUGAAAUAAUAACCCAAAAAAUUGGUUCCCCUUCUCCUCGGCAGCCCUAAGCCACCCUCGAGGUUCCAGGGCAGGGUUACUGGAGCAAAACCCUGUCCUGUGAUGUGGCAAGGACACACCCUGCAGGAGACAGCACAGGGGAAGAUCUGAGCUGAAGGAAAGGGAACUUUUCAAGAUCAGGAUGAGCACAGCCAGGAAUCCACGAAUUUCCAGGAUUUUUCAUCUGCAGGACGAAAUCUUGAUGGGAUGUUGAGUCAGGAUCUUGUAAUUCUUACUGGAAAGACCAUUAAAAGGGAAAUAUUUUCUCAGGAGGAACUCUUGAUGGGAUGUUGAGUCAGAAUCUGGUAAUCCUUAUUGGAAAGACCACUAAAAUGGAAAUAUUUUCUGAAGUGCAGCACAGGUGAGGAUCUGAGCUGCAGAGCAAAUGCUGCAGGUGAAACUUCCCCUGAAAAACCCUCGCCAGCGCAGAGGUGAGUGAGUGAUGAGCCAAAAAAAGAGGAUUUCGAGACAAUGUGACUCCAGCAGGCCAUGAGAACAAUGAGAAGUUCAAAAAUAGCACUAUUGACUGGUGGAAAAACAACAUACAUAUAAUUUUCAGCAAAUGGUUAUGAGCCUUCGAGUUUCGGAGCUGCAGGUGCUGCUGGGCUACGCGGGCAGGAACAAGCACGGCCGCAAACACGAACUGCUGACCAAAGCCCUGCACCUGCUCAAGGCUGGCUGCAGCCCCGCCGUCCAGAUGAAAAUCAAAGAACUCUAUAGGAGAAGGUUCCCCCAGAAAAUCAUGACCCCAGCAGACCUGUCCAUCCCCAGCGUGCACUCGAGCUCCAUGCCGGCCGCGCUGUCGCCUUCCGCCAUUCCACAGCUGGGCUACGACGGCCACCCCGCCACGUCCCCCCUGCUCCCCGUGUCGCUGCUGGGACCCAAACACGAACUGGAACUGCCCCACCUCACCUCGGCCCUGCACCCCGUGCACCCCGACAUCAAGCUGCAGAAACUCCCUUUUUAUGACUUGUUGGACGAGCUGAUCAAACCGACCAGCCUAGCCUCAGAUAACAGCCAGAGGUUUCGAGAAACCUGCUUUGCCUUCGCGCUGACGCCGCAGCAAGUGCAGCAGAUCAGCAGCUCCAUGGAUAUUUCUGGGACCAAAUGUGACUUCACAGUACAGGUCCAGCUAAGGUUUUGUUUAUCAGAAACCAGUUGUCCACAAGAAGAUCACUUCCCACCCAAUCUGUGUGUGAAAGUCAAUGGGAAACCAUGCAGCCUUCCAGGCUACCUGCCACCAACCAAAAACGGUGUUGAACCAAAGCGCCCCAGCCGACCAAUCAACAUUACCUCACUCGUCCGCCUGUCCACCACGGUCCCCAACACCAUCGUCGUGUCCUGGACUGCAGAGAUUGGCAGGAACUAUUCCAUGGCAGUGUACCUGGUGAAGCAGCUCUCCUCCACGGUGCUCCUGCAGCGGUUGCGGGCCAAGGGCAUCCGGAACCCGGAUCACUCCAGAGCACUGAUUAAAGAGAAACUAACUGCUGAUCCAGACAGUGAAAUAGCAACAACCAGCCUAAGAGUGUCUCUGCUUUGUCCACUUGGCAAGAUGCGCCUGACCAUCCCCUGCAGGGCCCUGACCUGCUCCCACCUGCAGUGUUUCGAUGCCACUCUCUACAUCCAAAUGAACGAGAAAAAACCCACCUGGGUGUGCCCUGUGUGUGACAAGAAAGCUCCUUAUGAGCACCUCAUCAUUGAUGGGUUGUUCAUGGAAAUCCUGAAGUUCUGCACAGAUUGUGAUGAAAUCCAGUUCAAGGAGGAUGGGUCCUGGGCUCCCAUGAGGUCCAAGAAGGAAGUGCAGGAGGUGACAGCGUCCUACAACGGAGUGGAUGGAUGCAUCAGCUCCUCCUUGGAACACCAGGUGUCCUCUCACCAACAAUCCAACAAAAACAAGAAGGUGGAAGUGAUCGACCUGACCAUCGACAGCUCCUCAGACGAGGAGGAGGAGGAGCCCUCAGCCAAGAGGAGCUGUCCCUCCAUAUCCCCAGCAUCACCCAUGAACAACAAGGGCAUUUUAAAUUUACCCCACCAAGCUUCUCCCGUGUCAAGAACCCCAAGCCUUCCUGCUGUGGACACCAGCUACAUCAACACAUCACUCAUCCAGGACUACAGGCAUCCAUUCCAUAUGACACCCAUGCCUUAUGACCUGCAAGGUUUAGAUUUCUUCCCUUUCCUGUCAGGUGACAAUCAGCAUUACAACACCUCCCUCCUCGCCGCCGCCGCCGCCGCCGUGUCGGCCUCGGACGAUCAGGAACUUUUGCACUCCCGCUUUUUCCCCUACACCUCGUCCCAGAUGUUCCUGGACCAGCUCAGCGCGGGGGGCAGCGGCUCCCUGCCCGCCACCAACGGCAGCAGCAGCGGCAGCAACAGCAGCCUGGUCUCCUCCAACAGCCUGCGGGACACCCACGGGCACCCCGUGGCCAGCAGGAGCAGCACGGACACGGCCUCGAUCUUUGGUAUCAUACCAGAUAUUAUCUCCUUGGACUGAUUCAUUUCUAUUUUAUUUUUUUUUUUUUUAGGGGGUUUGGGGGGACAGAGGAAAUCUUCGUGCUCGGUUUUCCUUUCUGUUCAGAGAGAAAAAAAAAACAAAGUUAAGACAAGGUGGUUUUUUUUUUCCUUUUUUUAAAAAAGGGGAAAAAAAAAUUUAUGUGUACAGAGAACAAAAAAAAAAAAA